UGCUCAGUUUGCAAGUUAAUUUGGUUGAAAUUGCAGGCCUAGUGUUUCUGGAUAAGAAGAUGAAAAUUGAAAAGGACGCCAAUAACAACAGCAACAGCAAAAAUCAUAAUAACAGUGGAUCAAUUUUAAGUCAUUAGCUCAAAUGAGCUGAAAAGGAUUGUUAAGGUUCAUUGAUACUCUGAUAAGAGAGAUAACUCUAACUGGUAUAAAUUACUUUUAUUCCUUUAAACAUGUAAAACCAUCACAUUAACAUGUCAAUUGUGUUAAAUUUUGCCCUGCAAGGUAUGCUGGAAUUGUGUGCAUUUUAAUCAUUAUAUUAAAAUUAGAUUCAAUUUGCAUAACAUAAGCAUUGUGCAAAAUUUUUUGCAUGAUUGAGCAUAGGAAUGAUGAACCUCAAUUUAAAUCUCCACAGUACACGUAGACCAGGAAGUUAAAUACCUGACAGGUAGAUAACACAGGUAACUGGGUCAUGUGAUACUUGUACAGUAUUUGGCCGACAAGACAGGCACCAUUAAAAUCAGGCCUACUUUGAACAUGGACCCCCGUACCAGUGCCCAGGACGUGAUGCGAUGUGACCUGUGUAAGACCGCUGUGGUACAGAUGCACUGUGAUACAUGUCUUGUCAACCUGUGUAAGGCCUGUGUUGGAGAACACACAAUUUCUGAUGAAUCCAAGAAACAUGAAAUUGUCUCAUUCAAGCUUAGAAAAUCUACCCCCCUCUACCCUGGAUGUAAACAUCAUAGCAAAGAACGAUGUGAAAUGUACUGUAAUCAAUGUGACAUUCCUGUCUGUGUUUACUGCAUUACAUCUGAUCAACAUCAAGGUCAUAAAAUAUUAUCAUUAAUGCAGGUUUGUGAGGAAAAGAAAGAAAAGAUAUUCAAAGAGAGAAACGAAUUAAAUGAGACCAUUUAUCCAACCUACCAGGACAUUGCCUCUGCUGUACAAAACAGAAUGAGUCAGUUAGAAAAGGAAUAUAGAGAUCUCUCAACAGCCAUAACAAAACAUGGAGAGGACUGGCACAGAGAAAUUGACAAACUUGUCAGGAAACUUAAAGCUGAAGUUGAUGAGAUGAAAAACACACAGUUACAAACUCUACAGAAACAUCUGGAUGAAAUAAACAAGACAAUGUCUGACAUCAAGGAUGAAAAUGAUUCAAUAGAAAAAACUAUAGAUACAAAUGACUUGUUAAACCUCUUCAGUAUAACAUGCAAUGUAGAUAAAUACAGAAAUCUUCCACAAAAAAUUGUGCUAUCUUUACCAAAAUUCACAUCUGGCAAAAUUCAAGAGAUAAGUAAACUGUUUGGUACCUUAUCACCAAGUUCUUUAUCAUCAGACAAACAUGGCUACAGCAUGAAGACAACACAGAUAUCACCAGAAGCUGGAUCCUCUCCUCCAGUCAAACAGCUGCUUGAUGAACCAGAGACUGUCACCACCAUGUACACUGGGUAUGAUAGAUACCUUUACAAUGUGGCCUGUCUGAGUGAAGAAGAAAUCUGGACAAGUGGAGAAGACAAGGCCAUGAAACUUUACAGCAUCAAUCAGAAAUCACUACUCAAGUCAAUCACAACCAAGUCUGGGAACAUAUCAUGGGACAUAGCAGUGACAAAAAGUGGAGAUCUAGUUUAUACUGAUAACAGAGAUAGAACUGUGAACAUUGUGAAGAAUGAGAAGAUAGAGGAAGUGAUCAGACUACAGAACUGGAGACCUCGCGGUGUCUGUAGUACCUCCUCUGGUGACCUCCUGGUUAUCAUGUACAGUGAUGAUGACAAACAAACAAAAGUUGUCCGUUACUCUGGCUCCACAGAAAAACAAACCAUUCAGUUUGAUGAUAAAAGUAAACAUAAACCUCUCUAUUCAUCUAGUCCUACUUACAAAUACAUAACAGAGAACAGGAACCUGGAUAUCUGUGUGUCUGACUGGGAUGCUAAAGCAGUAGUGGUGGUCAAUCAGGCCGGAAAACUGAGAUUUAGGUACACUGGACAUACUCCUGCUCCAAAAAACAAACCAUUCUAUCUACUAGGAAUCACCACAGACAGUCAGAGUCACAUCCUUACAGCUGAUUGUGACAAUGAGUGUGUCCACAUCAUAGACCAGGAUGGACAGUUCCUCCGUUACAUAAACUGUAGACUGAGUGAUCCCUGGGGACUGUGUAUAGAUACAAAUGACAAUCUGUUUGUUGCUCAAUAUUAUGAAAGACAAGUAAAGAAAAUAAGAUAUUUGCAGUGAAACAGUGCCUAAAAUAUACCGUAUUUAAUAUGCCAAUAAUUAUGAUUUCUCUUCACAUUAAAUUACGAA